CAGUGCUUGGACCUCUCAUUCUGGCCCCCACCAGGGAUGCAGUUUGUUGGCCACGAACUCGCUGUUGCAGCCUACAUCUUCGGCAACGGGCUAUCACCGAGCGAAAUCCUGGUGGAAAAUGAACAUUGCAUCGGGAAUAGGGAAGCCCUCUUGACAUUACGCCCCGGAGAGGAGGUCGUUGACGACGUUAUCAACCUUGUCGUAGCAAUGGUUUCCUCAAAUAAGGCUGAGAAACGACGGUGGUGGCUACCAACCACCUUUGCGCAAAUAGCUAGUAACCCAGGCCACCACUGCAAGGCAACUCUUGAUUACAUCGUAGCAAAGUACACGGGGUUCGCCGACAAUUUAUUGAAGAUUUAUGUUCCGCUCCACAUGCGAGGCCAUUGGUAUUUGAUGAUUGUUGACAUGUGGGAUGAAAAUUUGAUUUAUCUAGAUUCAUUAAAGUCUAGUGUGGACCGACAGGCUCGAAUAGAUAAAAUGCUGGAAGUCGCUCGGUUACUUGAGCUGUUGUUGUCGGAGACGUCUUCAUACGAGUGCAAGACGACUGGGCCGAAGUCUAUCUCCAAGUUUAGGAUCCAGGAGCCACAGAUUUCUCAACAGGCAGCCGACUCCAACGACUGCGGAGUUUGGGUUGCAGAGUGGAUGAUCCAGUACGAUUUAUGGGCAUCUUAUGACCUUCAGGUGAUCAAUGAACACACCAGAAUGACCAUUGCUAUUGAUCUAGUUAUGGGUGAGCACAACCCAAUCUCCGAAGAAGUUCAACAAAAAGCGGUUCAAUUCUGGGACAGGAAUAUGAUAUGCUCUUACUUGAAAGGAGCUAGACCAAGAAACAGGACCCGUAGUCCUGUGGGGCCACUAAGUCCCUAGGUUAUAUGUGGCUGAAAGUAUAAACUUUUUUGGGUUGUUGAAUGCAGUAUGGAAUGCUUUAA